AGAUCUGCUUUUAUCAGGAGCAAAUGGCACACAGCUGACACUUUUAGCUGCUGCGGGAACCAAAGCAAAGUCGCCUAAAGGUCGUUGUGAUGACCAAUGCAGUAAGUGCUCUAAAAUUAGACUGAGAUUCAGUGGCAUGUCUGGAUUCAAUUACACUUAUUGUUCCUGCUUAAUACGGGUUUGCUUCCUACCAAAAAACCUCAUGAUUGGAUCAUUAAAGUCUCAGGCACAGGGUUUUUCAUUAUCUGCAAAAGGAAAACAAGGUAGUUUGUAAAUGUGGAGUCAUUAAGUACAGUCAUCAGAAUGGCAUGUUACUAUUAUAGUGUUAAAUUGUGAUGCUACUUGAGAUUAAAGUUAGAUCUGCAGAGACAGAGUUCCGCAUACAUGUCCUCCAGCAGUGUUUUUCUGAGCAUGAAGUUCAUGCAAAGACUAAAUUUAUUCCAUUUGAGAGCUUUAAGAGGCUCUGGCCUGAGGACUGGGGCAUGCAAAUAAAAGAAGUGAACAUGCUGUGGAUGAAAUGCAGCUGUCUAUGAAACCAAAUGUAGACUGGCAGCAGUAAAACAAAUGAAUAAAUCUGAGUAUCCUAAUGGGCUCCAGCAGCUGAUGUGAAGAAUGUAGGGAAUAAAGGCGAGUCAGCGAGGGAGGGAGGGAGCUUACAUGUUGGACUGGUGUCAGAUUGUUGUUGAGAAGAAUGGGGUCAGAGCAGCAGCAGCAGCUUUAACCAUGUCUCCACUUUUAGUCUGUGUUUGGGCAGAGGGAGGGGCUGCAGAGGGGAAAGGAGCAGAUGGGUUGUAUUUUUAUAAAACAUGUGCUCGUCCUGCACGUCUGACAGUGAUAAAGAAGGAACGUCCCACACAGGAGCUGCUGUGACUUUCAGUCAAAAGACAGCGAGGCAGACUCAGGGACACCAAAAAAGAAAUCUGUCAAAAUCACCAGAGGUGUCCUUGAGAAGACAAGUGGACCAGAGGAACAUGGAGCUGAAGACGGGAACGUCCUUGAAUGGCCUCGCGCAGGCAGGCGUCACCUUGGAGAAGUUGCACAACGUGGCGAAGGAGUUGACACUUCCAGGGAAGUUCCUCCUCAGAGUCCUGGAUGCUGCCCUGGAAUCUGGAACAAACCUGCUGGCCACAGUUUUGGGAAGUCAAGUGGUUAAAGGACAUUUUCACCUCAUGCUGUCUGUGCUGGUGCUGUUCGGGCCUGCACUCAGUCUCUGGGUGUCAAAGUUCAGCAUCUUUGCCAACAGCCACCAUUACCUGUACAGGAAGUUCCUGAGAUCCACCUGGGGUUGGACCUGGGUCUUCACCGCUUCCUUCAUCCUCCUCCUCUCCCUCUCGGCCCGACGCUCCCUCUCUCUUUCGCUCCGCCACCUCUCACGGUUAGGGGUGGUGGGUUUGCUCUGGUGGGGGUGCCAGCGUCUCCUCACCCUGCUGGAGGAUGCAACAGGGACCUGUUAUGAACCCAUGGCCCUCGCGCAGGGUGACGCCCAGAGCUCCGCGGGUGUACCGCUGCUGCUCCUCCACGAGGAGCAGACCAAGGCCUCCUGCCUCAGAGCCAACAUGAUGUGGAGGGGUUACGAAGUUUCGCAGGACGUCCUCAUCCUCUGCUUGUGCUGUCUGCUGCUGGUGGAGGAACUGUCAGUCUUUGGCGCUCACAUAUCUAAAGCGAAGCUCCAGCAGGAAUCACCGGGAGGCCCGUUGAGAUUUAUCUUCCUCCUGUGUGUAACUCUUCUCGCUGUGUGGAUGCUCCUGCUGCUGUGUUUGCUCGCACACUUUCCAAAGUUCCCCUCCCAGCAGCUGGGGGGAGCUUUGGGCUACCUGGGGUGGAAAGGACUUUACCAGUGUUGGUACAGACUCACACCGAAAUGGUGUUUUACUUGUUUGCCAGGAGACGAACUUGUAUCCUCUGUGGAUUCUGGCAAACUAAAGCACUAAACUCUGUGACCUGAGGACAGUGUGACCUUUAAAGCUCAAGAUGUUUGAAAAAACAUUCGAAAGGGCCGUUCAAUUUGCAAUCACUAGCACUAGACUACUUCCAUUUUUACACAAAGACUUAUGUGUUUAAAUAUGUUCAUGUAAACAUCCUUUUCAGCCAUAGAAUGUAGAUUAAAAUGGACAAAGUCCUACAGUUUGAAAAGUGGAGCCCAAAGAGUAGCAUAUGAUCCAACAGUGGGCAAACUCUGCUGUUUGAGUUACAGUCUGUAGAAAAACGAUCCUACUUCUCACUUGAUUUAUAAAUUCCAACAAGGAACAGGAGUUAAUGGAGGAGUUAAUGGUCUCACUCAUUUGUUACGGGUCUCCAACAGAACAUGAUGUCAGUUGUGUAAAUGAUGUUCCCAUUUAGAGGAACAUGCACAUAAAUAAAGCAAAGCACUUGUAAUUUGACACCAGUGUGAUUGACAGCUGGUAUCAUCCAAUAGGUGCCUGGUGUCACAUGACAUCUGUCGAUAUCUGGUUGUAAAAACUGACAUGACAGAGGUCAAAAGGUUUGUUUUGCGACCAGAAGACUACGUCUAUUUUUAUACACAGUCUAUGUUUACAACACGACAUCAGUCUGGUAAUACAAGGAUAAUAUGGAAGUUAUUUCAUUUCAGUACCUUUUUGGGAAAAAUUCACUCAAGCAGGAUUAACAGAAUCAUGUAGCUUUAUUUUGUAAUCUGAACCAAAACAUGCAUAAUAUGAGACGUUUUUGUGGAUCCGGGUGGGUGUUUUGUUACUUGAUGAGAGUGUCACACUAGACUCGCUGUAUCCAGCCUGAUGGCCUGUGUGUGUGGCAGUGAGCUGAUAUCAGCCUCAGUAGAUGAGUGCUUUCCCGUCUCCUCUGGGCUUCUUAAUCUUGUCAUAGUUCUUGUUAAUGAUGUCAAACAGCACAGCCUGAGGGGGACAAAAAAAGACAAAAGAAAAGGCAGAGACAGAGGGUGAAUGAGGGACAGAGAAAUAAAAGACAGCGGCUGCCAGAUUCAGAUGCCCCUGUAUAAUUGUGUGAAACAGCUCCUUUCAUCAUCACCUGCACCGCUGCGUUCAUUAACAGCAUCAAACACAGCAGGACAAUAUCCAGAGGACGGAGACAGACAGUGAUUAAUGUCCAGGAGACGGAGCGCGGAUCAGUUUAACACAAGCACAGCAAUUAGUUUAAUUACCAUCCCAUUAAGAAGAAAUAGAUUCCAUGUAUCCACCUCUCCUGCUGCUGGGACACAGCUGGAGUCUUUUACAGUGUGGUAGUGUUGAUAGUUUGGUAGAAAACGUGAAUGAUUAACACAGGUGAUACACAGGGUUUGAUAAAUGACUUUGGACACUAUUUAAAUCAAAUCUAAUUAUGUUUUUGUCCAUUUUCAGAUGUUUCUCUGCACAAACUAGGGAUCGUUCGCAAAUCAAACACUCAAUUUGAAACAUUUCUGUUCGCAAAUUGCAAAAGCUGUUAUUGAGAUCAGAUUUAUUCCCAAUAAGAUCAUUUGCUCCCUCAUCAUCCUCCUCUUCCUCACAUAUACUUCACACACUGGUAAAGUGAAAUUAGAUUAACAUGGAGAGAGAGAUACGGUGACUCACUUUAAUAGUACUUCAUACUUUAAUUUCGCAUUAUUAUUUUUUGGUAUUCAUUUCAUUUUCUUCACACUCCGGCAGAAUUCACAGUUUAAAAACCAUGGACGUAGACCAUUAAAUAUAUUUAAAUACAUCGUUAAUACAACAUUUUAGACAGAAACAGAAAAGACGCACAAAUUGUUGGAUUGAAUGUACAGGGUGACUUUUUGACUUUGUUCAUUUGUUAUGUAACCGUCCUUUCCCCCCCCCCCCCUCUUGUGUUGAGUUGUGUUUGAGUUGACUUUCUUUCGAGUUUAAAAGGAACGAAAAAGUUCCUCCCUUCAUCCUACUCCCUUUCAAACACUGACUGGUUAUGAUAUCAUUUAUUUUUAGAAAUGUUUCUGUUACUUUUUGUCAUUUUGCUGCCUAUAUAUUUUAUUUUGUUAUGUCAAUAUGUUGGAAUAAAUACUUAACUCUC